GGGGAUUUGGGAUUGUUCUGGGGAGGUUUUGGGGACGCCCUGACGCCCCCCAAGCCGUGCCACCAGCCUGGAGCUGCCCAUGGCCAUGCGCUUCCGGCACCUCAAGAGAACGGCCAAGGAGGCGGUGGGCGUCUACCGCUCGGCCAUCCACGGGAGGGGCUUGUUCUGCAAGAGGAACAUCGAGGCAGGGGAGAUGGUGAUAGAAUAUUCCGGAAUCGUCGUGCGCUCCGUGCUCACCGACAAGCGGGAGAAGUUCUACGACAGCAAGGGCAUCGGCUGCUACAUGUUCCGCAUCGACGAGGCCGAGGUGGUGGACGCCACCAUGCACGGCAGCGCCGCGCGCUUCAUCAACCACUCGUGCGAGCCCAACUGCUACUCGCGCGUCAUCCACGUGGAGGGCCACAAGCGCAUCGUCAUCUUCGCGCUGCGCCGCAUCCUGCGCGGCGAGGAGCUCACCUACGACUACAAGUUCCCCAUUGAGGAGCCGGCGGCCAAGCUGCCCUGCAACUGCGGCGCCCGGCGCUGUCGGCGCUUCCUCAACUGAGCCGGGGAGGGGCUCCGGGGGGUCCCCGGGGGUGCUGGGAUGGAGGUGUGGGAGGAUGGAGAGGUUCUGGAGGUGGUUGGAGACGACUGGGAGUUGGUGGGGGUGGUUUGGAGAAGGUUGUGGAGGUGUUGUGGUCAACCAAGAGUGGUGGUGGUCGACCGGGAACCGUGGGGGUCAAUCAAGAGCCAUAAGGGGUCAAUCAAGAGUCAUGGAGGUCAACCAAGGGUUGUGGUGGUCAACCGAGAAUCAUGGUGGUCAAGGGAGAAUCAUGGUGGUCAAUCAAGAGCCAUAAGGGGUCAGUCAAGAGUCAUGGAGGUCAACCAAGAGUUGUGGUGGUCAACCAAGAAUUGUGGAGGUGAACCAAGAGUUGUGAUGGACAGCCAGGAGUUGUGGUGGUCAACACAGGUUUGUGUGGUCAACCAAGGAUCAUGGUGGUCAAUCGGGAGCCAUAGGGGUCAACCAAGAAUCAUGGCAGUCAACCAAGAGUCAUGGAGGCCAACUAAGAAUCAUGGUGAUCAACCAAGAGUCGUGGUGGUCAACCAAGACUCCG